UCGGCCGUUCUGCGAGCGCUGCCCGGGGAGGCGAGAGUUCACCGGCCGGCUGGCAAGGAUGAAAGCGGGCGUUACCCACUGCCGAUGUUCCCGGUGCUUCUCGGUCCCUUCCAAGAGAAGGGUGAAGAAGAGACCCCGUAUCCUGACCCUGCUGUCCCUUCCAGAAGAUAUUCUCUUCCACGUUCUCAAAGGUCUUCCAAUAGAAGACAUCCUUUCCCUCCGAGCUGUGCAUUCUCAUCUUAAGUAUCUUAUAGAUAACCACACCUGCAUUUGGGCCUGUGCAAGCUUUCAGGAACAGUGGCCGUCUCCGAGAAACUUGAAUAUUUUUGAAAGGGCUGCGGAAAAGGGUAACUUUGAAGCUGCUGUUAAACUUGGAAUAGCCUACCUCUACAAUGAAGGGCCAUCCGUUUCCGAUGAAGGCCGUGCGGAAGUGAAUGGGCUCAAGGCAUCCCACUUUUUCAGCCUGGCCGAGUGCUUGAACGUCUCCACCGUGCCUUUUGUCUGGCUGUUCAUACGGCCCCCCUGGUCUCUGGGCGGGAGCUGUUGCAAAGCCGUGGUCUACGAGAGCCUCCGAAGAGAGUGUCAGCAGCGAAACACUCGAGGAUCGAUUUUGUACUGUUUGGCAAAAGUUUUGAGUCUUUUUGAGGAUGAAGAGAAGAGGAAAGAAGCCCUGGAGAUGUUUGAUGACUCUUCAAAGCAAGGCUGCUUGCACAGCUCUUACCUCUUGUGGGAAAAUAACAAAAAAACCGCGAUGUCAGAUCCUGGUCGAUACCUUCAGAGCCUCAGACAACUUAGGGACUACGCAGCCAAAGGGUCUUGGGAAGCUCAGAUCACUCUUGCCAAAGCUUGCGGGAACAGAAACCAACUGGGGCUGGAAAGCAAGAUGUCCGUCGAGGCGGUCUCCCAGUUUUUCCAGGCCUCGGUUCCUCUGAGCAAGCAGAGCAUUUUCACUGUCCAGAAGGGCAUGAAUGAGACAAUGAGAUACAUUUUGGUUGAUUGGCUGGUAGAAGUUGCCACCAUGAAAGAUUUCUCCAGCCUCUGCCUUCACAUGACCAUUGGCUGCGUGGAUCGGUACUUGAAACUGAGACCCGUGCCCCGGGCUCGGCUGCAGCUUUUAGGAAUUGCAUGCAUGGUUAUUUGUACCCGCUUCGUGAGCAAAGAGAUUCUGACGAUUCGCGAAGCGGUUUGGUUAACAGACAACACGUACAAGUACGAAGACCUCGUGAGGAUGAUGGGGGAGGUCAUCUCUGCCCUGGAAGGCAGGAUAAAGAUUCCUACUAUUGUUGACUAUAAGGAAGUGCUACUGAAUGUCGUCUCGCUGGAGAGAAGGACAGCAUCCCUGUACAGCUUCAUCUGUGAACUUUCCCUGCUAAACACCGGGCUUUGCUGCUACUCCCCAGCCCGUCUGUCUGCAGCAGCCUUGUUGUUAGCAAAAGUGUUGCACAGACAAGCUCAUCCUUGGACUAGCCAGUUGACGGAAAAUACAGGAUUUUCUCUGGAAGAAUUAGUUCCCUGUGUGCUGAGUCUCCACAAGAAAUGCUUCCAUGAAGAUGCUCCCAAAGAUUAUAGGCAGGUUUCCCUGAUUGCUGUGAAGCAACGGUUUGAGGAUAAGCGCUACGAAGAAAUUGGAAAAGAAGAGGUGAUGAGCUACAGCCAGCUCUGCUCCCUGCUUGGAGUGAAACAGGAAGACCCGGAGCCUGGAUCUUCGUACGUGAACUCGGUGGAGACCUUCCUCACUUCCCCAUCCGGAAAACGUUCCAAAAGGAGAAGGGAAGACAGCAUCCAGGAGGAUCGGGGUAGCUUUGUCACCACUCCCACGGCUGAAUUGUCCACUCAGGAAGAAAGUCUUCUGGAUAAUUUUCUGGAUUGGAGCUUGGAUGCUUGUUCGGGAUAUGAAGGAGAUCAAGAAAGUGAAGGCGAGAAGGAGGGAGAUGUUACAGCUCCUCCUGGAAUUCUGGAUGGAACUCUACCGCCUCAGGACCUGAAGAAGCCUUGCUGUUGCCAAGAAUCCAGCGACGAUGAGAGCCUUCCCCAAGGAGGAUGUCGGUACAUCUUCAAGGAUUAUGACCAUCCCAACGAAGAGAGUGGGUUCACCAUCACCCAAGCAUCUCCUGGGGAAGCCAGCUCAGGCUAUGCCUCUGUCAACGGCACCAGCCCUCCUACCGACGGCACAUUUCUCAAAGCCAGCUUGGGGCAACCCCUGAGGCUGCUGAAGGAUAAAAUCGUACAGCUGCCUUCGCGCUCAGAAUCUUGUUUACAUUCCGCCAGCGGCCGGUCGAGCAGGAGACAAGCCAAGCGGAAGAAUGUAAUGCCAUACAGUGAAGAAGAGAAGAACCACUUAGGUUUCUUAAGCCUUUGAAAGCCGGAGGUUGUUGAAGCUUGAACCUUAGACUAGGCUGUUUCUCAGAACGUCAGAAUCCUUCAAAGCAAAGAGCUAAAAUGAGAGGUUGUUGUACCAAGUAUCUUGGAUGUUGUGGGUCAUCACUCUCUAGGCUUCCCAUGGUAGUUCCUGACUCCCUUAACACAACGGUCAGCUUUUCUUGAGGUUGCCACCAUCUCUACAUCCCAACACGGUAGCCAAAUCAAAGGUGGCGGUGCUAAGACAUGCAACGCAGAGGUCCUAUUUUACAUGGAAGACCGGCCUAUCCUCCAAGACCAAAUCAUAGUCUUUCCCAGGAGAUGUUGGGUUUGCUUGUGGGACAGAGAAGGUUAACCAAGUCAAUCUUGGUUCACCUUCCACAUCGUACAGCUGAGUGCUUCACUCCGAUCUAGCAAUUCAGAAGCAAUCCUCUGUGAAUUUAUUUCUUUUUCUCUUGCAACUUCUCCAUGAAAUGAAGGAGGUCAGAUUAGACACACACACAUACACACAAAUCCUUGGCCAUCCUUUGAAAUGUAAACAUCUCAUUGAUGGAUCUUGAGAGGGUGUGGAGCAGUGUUUUCUUAGCAGCUUGGAACUGUCUGGUCUUAUUUUGGGAAAGUGGGGAUACUACCUCAUUUAAACUCUUCGUUAUCUCAAAUUGCUUUUUCUAAUGUGACCCCCUUUUUCCAAGUUGGUGAGCUACUCUCUUGAGGGCACAGAGGUUAGGAAGGAUGGU